GAUGGACCGAUGGAGACACAGGAUGGCUAUCCGGACCGCUAAAGCUUUGGAUAUGUGAGCGAAUUUAAUUCUGCAAAAAAUACACUUUUGGCCAAAUCUGGUGUGGCUGUGUAAGGGAAAGUCAUGCCGCUGGUGAAAAGAAACAUUGAACCCAGGCACCUGUGCCGCGGGGUGUUGCCCGAGGGCAUCGGCAGUGAGCUGGAGUGUGUGAUGAACAACACGCUCUCUGCCAUCAUACGCCAACUCAGCAGUCUGAGUAAACACGCUGAAGAUAUAUUUGGAGAGCUCUUCAACGAGGCAAACACGUUCUAUUUGCGGGCAAACUCUCUACAGGAUCGGAUUGACCGACUUGCCGUCAAGGUUACGCAGCUGGACUCUACUGUUGAAGAGGUCUCUCUUCAGGACAUAAACAUGAGGAAGGCUUUCAAAAGCUCUACUGUACAGGACCAGCAGGUGGUGUCCAAGAGCAGUGUACCGAACCCGGUGACAGAGAUGUACAACUUGAGUGACAAACCCCCACCUCUUAAUAUUCUCACACCCUACAGAGAUGAUGAUAAAGAAGGCCUGAAGUUCUACACUGACCCCUCCUACUUCUUUGAUCUGUGGAAGGAAAAGAUGCUACAAGACACAGAAGACAAGAGGAAAGAAAAGAGACGACAGAAGGAGCAGAGGCAAUGUGUAGAUGGCACACUGCAGCGGGAGGUUAAGAAGGUGCGAAAGGCACGAAACCGCAGGCAAGAAUGGAACAUGAUGGCCUUUGAUAAGGAGCUGCGACCUGACCAUCGACAUGCUCACACGGUGCACAGAGGACGCUCUACUGAAGGCACCAUGUCCCCAGAGCACAGGUCUCAUGGCCAAGAUCAUAUAGAUCAUGGUUAUCUCAGCAUGGCUAACCAUGCAGGCCAUGCCCACACUUACUCUGGGCCUCCACCCAGUAUGGCAGCCUUGGCAGCUCAUGCCCAAAUAAACAUGGACCAGGAUUACAGGGCUGGGUCUAUGGCAUACCGUUCUGGCCGUCCACAUCAGGCCCCGCCCCCUCCCCCAGCAACAAACACAAUGAAUGGCUCCAUGACACUUCCACCUGUCAACUACAGUGUGGAUUACAUGAAUUCUGGCCCCCCACCUCCAACACCAGCUGUUAUUCCAUCAGCACAAACUGCUUUUGCAAUGCCGCCCAUGGGCCCAGUCCCGCUUCCAGGCCAUCUAGGACCAUUGGGAGCAGUCGCUGGCUUUGCCCCAUCUAUUCCACCUGCUUCUGGACCAACAGUUGCCCCUCCUCCACCAGUAGCCCCACCCCCUCUUCCCAAUGCAAGCCAAUCAAUCACUCCCAAACGACCCUCUGUGCCUAAUGAGGCCCAGCCCAUAAACGAUGCUCGCAGUGACCUGCUCGCAGCUAUACGAAUGGGUAUUCAGCUGAAAAAAGUUCAAGAGCAGCAGGAGCAGCAGGCAAAACGAGAGCCGGUGGGCAAUGAUGUCGCCACCAUCUUGUCUCGCCGUAUAGCUGUGGAAUACAGUGACUCUGAGGAUGAAUCUGAGCUAGAGGACAAUGACUGGUCUGACUAAAACAAUGCAUAAUAACAUACAAGAUCAUACAAAGGUUCACAACACUAAAUUCACAAACAAACGUUAACAUUACAUUUCCCAUGAACAAAAUGUUCUUAUAUACAGGGUCCAAAAUUAACUUUUUGCCACAGGCGCCAAUAGCGGGUGAAUUGACAAAAUUUACCUGCUGUAAAUAUUUCUGAACAAUUAAAUUUUUUGUCCUUAUGACAAUAGAAUUAUUUAGCUGUUUUUCCGUGUAUAUUAGUGACAAACAACACGGGUCAGUGCGUUACUUGCAGCAUCAUAUACAAGAUCAGUGUCGGUCUCUCAGUAAUACUGCACCUGUCACAAAAACAUGAAAACACUUCCUAACUUUUGUUCCUUAUAUUUUCAUUUUGGUGGCUUAAUGCGAGGAACGAUAUGGGUUGCCACAUUGUGUUGAAAGUGAUCACACUUCAUCGAAACUCCAACUAUAGUUGUUAUUGUUUGACUUACACCAUGUAUUAUGUUUCUAUUUAAGAUUCUAAUAAAGUUACCGGCCAACUCUGGGCCAAUUUUUACUUGUGUUUUACGAGUGUUAAUUUUGGACCCUGCUUGUAUUUUAUGAAGGCCGUCUACAGGUGCAUCUCAAUAAAUUAGAAUGUCGUGGAAA